AUGGAAAACAUUCCGAAGAUAAUGAUAAGCUCUUCCAAUGGUCCUCGGCCCAUGCCAGUGAUCGGAAUGGGCACAGCAACACUGACCGCAUGUAGUGAUGAGGUUAAGGUGGCGGUUAUUGAGGCCAUCAAGAUGGGUUAUCGCCACUUCGACACAGCGGCACUCUACCAAACUGAGAACCCUGUUGGAGAAGCCAUCAGAGACGCCCUCAGACUUGGUCUCAUAAACUCCCGUUCUGAGCUUUUUAUUACGACUAAGCUGUGGUGUAAUUCCACGGAACGCCUUCUUGUCAUACCUGCAAUGAAGGAGAGUCUCCGGAAUUUGGGGCUCGAGUAUGUAGAUCUGUACUUGAUACAUUGGCCAUUAAAGCUCAACCAAGAGCAUUUCAAAGUCCCGGUUCCAAAAGAUUGCAUAGCCACAAUUGAUAUCAAGGCCGUUUGGGAAGCAAUGGAAGAGUGUCAAAAUCUCGGACUUACCAAAUCCAUUGGCGUAAGCAAUUUUUCUUCUCGAAAGAUUCAACAAAUUCUUUCCUUCUCGAAAAUCCCUCCUGCGGUUAACCAGGUUGAGAUGAAUCCAAUUUGGCAACAAAAACAACUCAAUGAAUUUUGCAAAGAGAACAACAUCAUUCUCACUGCGUACUCCCCUCUAGGAGCAAUCGGCAAUGCUUGGGGAGAUAAUCGGGUAAUCGAGUGUGAUGUUCUCCAAGAUAUUGCUAUGUCCAAAGGAAAGACAACAGCUCAGAUUUCUUUAAGAUGGUUAUAUGAGCAAGGUGUCAGCUUUGUAGUAAAGAGUUUCAAUACAAAAAGGAUGAAGCAAAACCUUGACAUAUUCAAUUGGUCACUGAGUGCCGAAGAGCUUAACAAAAUCAGCUAUAUUUCUCAGCGCAAGAAUGUUUAUUUAAUUGGUAUGAUGGUGAGUGAGCAUAACGAUGUAAUGGCCGAUAUUGACGAUGAGCUUUGA